AUAUUGAGAUAGCGCAAGACAGCCAAACAGCUGCUUUAUUGUUGAUCUUCCGCUUUCCAGCAGCAGCGCAACCAACCAGCAGAUUAAAUGAAUUCCGACUAGAUCCUUGCGGUGCCCGAACUAACUUUUGAAAGUUUAAUCAACCAUUCCGAUAUGGAGUGUUGGAAGAAAUUCUCGUAUGCAGUGGUGAAAAUCCGCGAUGGCAUUGCAGUUGUUUGCACGUCCUGGAUGGCCGCUUCCAAUGUAAAUAAACAUGUUUUGUAUUCGUGUUGGUGGCCGAACUGUUCCUCUAUCAGGGAAGUGCUAAAGAUGGCAAAGAAACUGGAACCAGUUGACGAGACUACUUGGAACCAAUAUCAGGCUGUCAGGCUCUUAAACUUUUCUGAUAGCUGGGAGGAAAUUUUAGAAAUGAAGAAGGUUAUUCACAAGGAUUCAGAGUUAUCUCGGUAUCGAAACAGACAUCCACAUGAAGCGGCCCCAGGCAAAGAGAGUUGGUUUCCCACAGUUGAUGUACCAGGUGUGCCGACUGCUCCAGUGCAGAAACAAAACCAGUCAAGUUUUGAGACUAUCGUGGAGUUGUUGAAGGAGAGUUUAUCCGAACUUAAGGAACUAAGGAAAAGAGUAGACCGUAACACAUUGCUCCUUGAAGAUCUCCGCCAUCAAGGAACCGAUGCAUCUCUCCUCAGGCUGCAAGAAGAUGCAUUCCAUACUCACCUUGAAGUAGCUCUUCCAGUAUCAACCGUUGAAGACUUGCAGGCUUUAGAGAUGAAACUGGAAGAUAAAGAACUUGCUAAAAAAAUGGAACUCAAGCUUGGUGUACUAGGUGGAAAGAACCUUGCUAGCACUGGGAAGUCCAUACUUUCCAACCUCCUGACUCCAAAACUGGCAUACCAGUAUAACUGGACGGGACAAAAAGGAAAGAUGGAAUUCCAGGCCUUUGAAAAUAUUAACAGAACUAUUUGGGAGGCUUUACAAAAAAAUCCAAUAACGAGGGACGCCACGAAAGAUGACAGCAAGACCUGCGUUAUUUCCUAUCUCUACAAUGCGAGGGAUUUAAAAGGAGGUAGGAUGAGAAGACGAAUGAACGAACACUCUGAUGUGAAGUAGGAAUAAUAAAUAAUAAUGACUGUCAAUGAUGACACGCCUGGCACAAAAUACAAGAACUCUGCUAAUAGACGAUGACACAAGAGAACCAGUGCCACUGAGACCAAGUUUACUGAUGAACCUUACCUGGAUCAAGACAAUGAAGCUUAGCAAGUACACUGUAGAUAAGCACAAAUACAUGCUAACCAGAGUAUCCUGGGUGCCCCGCGGCCCGGCUGCUGGAUCUUUCAAGAACAGCCCACAGGCCAUCUUUCCAGAUAUGAUCAAAUCAUUUCUGUUAGUCCACAAAGUUAUCAGCUUUCCAAGUUGCCUGUAUUUCUCCAAGUCGGACUUAAAGGCAGUGGACACUAUUGGUAAUUACUCAAAAUAAUUAUUAGCAUAAACCUUUACUUGGUAAA